AGUGAGCUCAGAGCAGAACAGCGGACGCCGGCCACACCACGCUCACGCCACCAUCAUAACACCACUCCCACGCUCCACUCCGACUCCCGUCGCGUUCCAUUUCAAAAACGCCACCUUUCGCCCCCUGCAUUUCCACCAGAGCCUACAUGUCUCCGACCACCGCCGCAUCCCCCGCGCCGGCGCCGGCAACCGACGCGCUCCCGAAACCUUCGCCAGGGGCGAAGCGCAGCCUGAUGGGAUCCCUCAUCGACGCCACCGCGCUGCUCCGGGCGGCCUCCUUCAAGGAGGACUCGUACGUGGCCGCGGCGCUCCCGGCCUCGGACCUCCGCGCGCUCGCCGACCUCAGGGCGCUCCUCGCCACCCACCCGGACCAAAUCUCCAUCUGGGGCGUGCCGCUCAACCCGCCUAGCGACGCCCCCGCCGACGAACGCACCGACGUGGUGCUCCUCAAGUUCCUCCGCGCCAGGGACUUCCGCGUCCGCGACGCGCACGCCAUGCUGCUCCGCUGCGCCGCCUGGCGGGCCGAGUUCCGCGCCGACGCCGUGCUGGACGAGGACCUCGGGUUCAAGGACCUGGAGGGCAUCGUCGCCUACAUGCACGGCUGGGACCGCGAGGGCCACCCCGUCUGCUACAACGCCUACGGCGUGUUCAAGGACCGGGACAUGUACGACCGUGUGUUCGGCGACGGCGACCGCCUCAGCCGGUUCCUCCGGUGGCGCGUCCAGAUCAUGGAGCGCGGCGUGCGCUCGCUCCAGCUCCGCCCCGGCGGCGUCAACGCCAUCAUACAGGUCACCGACCUCAAGGACAUGCCGAAGCGAGAGCUCCGCGCCGCGUCCAACCAGAUACUCUCCCUCUUCCAGGACAACUACCCCGAGAUGGUCGCCCGCAAGGUGUUCGUGAACGUGCCGUGGUACUUCUCCGUGCUGUUCUCGAUGAUCUCGCCCUUCCUCACGGAGCGCACCAAGAGCAAGUUCGUCAUCGCGCGUGAGGGCAACGUCGCGGAGACGCUCUUCAAGUUCAUCCGGCCGGAGCUGGUGCCGGUGCAGUACGGCGGGCUGAGCCGCUCAAGCGAGCUGGAGAACGGGCCGCCCAAGCCGGCGUCCGAGUUCACCAUCAAGGGCGGCGAGAAGGUCUUCCUAGAGAUCGACGGCAUUGAGGCCGGUGCAACAAUAACGUGGGACCUGGUCGUCGGCGGCUGGGAGCUAGAGUACGGGGCGGAGUACGUGCCGGCGGCGGAGGGAGGCUACACGCUGUGCGUCGAGAGGACCAGGAAGGUCCCGGCCGCCGCCGACGAGCCCGUGCACAACGCCUUCACGGCCAAGGAGCCCGGCAAGAUGGUGCUCUCCAUCGACAACUCCGGCUCACGGAAGCGGAAGGUCGCCGCCUACCGCUACUUCGUGCGCAAGCCGUCGGCGUAGGCUCACCCUGCUGCUCGACUACUGUGGCCGGCGGCUUGCCGGCCGGCUGGUGCUUUGCUUUGCUCGUCUCGGAGAGGAGAUUAAUUUAGGUCUAUUUAAUUAGUGCUAUAAUAUGAUAUGCAUGUAUUAUGCCAUAUGUAGAAUAUAUUGUAUGAGCCGUGGGAUCCUACUUGUCAUCAUCGUUAUAUAAGCUAAUGAGUUAAGUUUUUUUGGGGGAA